AUGAUCUUUGGAAACCAGCCAUUUGAUGGAACCCAAGCAACCACUGCUCCUGGUACCACAGCCACUGCAUCGGGGCAUCAAAGGCGUGUUCGUACGGGUGUAUCGAGAUCGCACAGCCAAGGAACCGCUGAUAUUCUCAAUCCUCGAACCAUGGGUAGUGUCACAGUACCUGAGGCCCAAGGGUUCCCUUUUCCACCGUCAUUCUACCAAGGCAGUAUUAGCCAUACUGUGCCGUUGGAAGAAAUGGGACCUGGGAUUGCCUGGCCACCCUUCCCAGCCCAGCGUCACUAUCGCCGUCCCUUGGCCGGCGAUCCCGCCGUAUUUGCCUCAUAUCAGGUGGAGAGUAGGGUUGCUCGAAAGGAGUGCUCUCUGCUUGCGGGCUGUUCUUCAAAUGAUUUGAUUCAUUUAAAUCUGGUGCGUCAAGGUGAAACAAGCAAGCCGGAAUAUUCACUUUCAGUCCGACUCAAAUGUGACUUGCUGCAUAUGAAAUUCUCAGUGGAUCCGAAUUCGAAUCAGUACAUGUCAGGGGAGUAUAGUCAGCCCUACCCGACUGUGUCGGCAGUGAUCUGUCGCUACAUGCAAAUUCUUCUCCCCGUCCGUGGUACAACCCCGGUUCUGUUACUCUUCUCUGUGUGUCCCAGUUCGUCUGAUGAAAGCCAUCAUGUCCUGUGUUGA